AUGAAGUGUUGGUCGUCGCUGCUCCUGUCGUCGCUCGUCCUGGACGGUUCUUCCUCCCUUCCCGGCUGCCGCGGACCCCUGCGCACCCCCCAGCCUGCCCGGACGGCGGCCACAGACGCGGACCUCGCCGCCGCCCGUCUCCUCAGCUUCCGCGUCCCGGAACUCUUCCUCGGUGCCACCCCGGAAGAUGAUGACGACGACGACGACGACGGUGGCGAUGAUGUCGAAGGCUACGACGACGCGCCGAAGUUCGAGAUGCGCAGAGAGCCCGCGCCGCUCUCCAUCGACCUGACCUUUCACCUCCUGAGAAACAUGAUCCACAACGCGCGCACGGAGGAGCACCGGAUGCGCGCGGAGCUCAACCGGAAGAUGCUCGACGACGUCGGAAAGUGAAGAAAGGAAAAAAAAAUGGUGAAACCGCCGGGAGUCGAUGACGUCGUUCGGGCUUUUAUUCACGCAACCGCUACAUUAAAUUAGUGUAAAUAGAAUCGUUUCAGUGAUGAUGAUGAUGAUGACAUAUUCCAGGAGAGGCGGGACCUUGACUUUUAGGACGCUGGCGCUCACGUGGCGGAUGACGUCAGUCUCGACUUUGUCUCACCUGCAAGUUUCUUCAUCAGUUUUUAGUUGCUUGUCAUCACAUCAGCACAAGAAGAUUAAAAAAAAUAAAUUUCCGUCAAUGUUG